AUGUUUAGUGGAGGACUUUGGGGUGCGGUUGCAUCAGGGGGGCUCUCGCUGAGCGAGCAGGAACGCAAUCCUCCAGCAAAACCAAUCGCCCUCGAAUUUCCAGGCUACAUUCCCCCGCGAGGCGAUAGCCCCUUGACACGCAAACAUAUUGAGGCACUUUGCAAAGACCUCGUAUCAAUACGAAGACCUUCAGACAUCCAAGACUCCCAUUUCGCACAUCUCAAUAUUGAUCUGGAGGAAGACAUCUCCCUUGCAGAGCUCGUCCCGGAGAAGCACUUCGAAUCCCGCCCGUUCUUGUACGAUGCAGACCUGACUGCUAUGCUUAAUGAGCUCGAGGUCGACAACGAAGAUGCUUAUCGCGAAAUCCUUCGCCUGCCUCCGCUCGAGGGAAGGAAAAAGCCGCGGUUGGCCUACUCGAGGAACUUUUUUGGAAGUUUAGAAGAUAUGAGUCGUUAUUGGGAUGACAGCAGAGACCAGUACUAUGAAGUUGAAGCAAACGAGGCCGACCACCCAGCCACUAAGCCCUCUAUUUUGAGACCAAGUAUCCUUACCGCGCAAGCCGGUAAAGACGAGGACACCGAGAUUAACGAUGUUGCCGCCCAACAACGAGCUCUCGAAACAGGGCCAGACACGACCGCGAGUAUAUCCGGCAUUCCGUCGGAAGGGCAUACUAUCAAAGUUCCAACUCGGCCAAAGCUGAAGCCAGUGUAUAAGGGGCACCGUCUGGGUAACGGCGAGCAAAUGAAUCCUGGGACCAGAGUGGGAGCAGUCAGAAACCUGCUGAAGAUGGCUGUUCACAAAUUCACUUGUCGAGACUACGAAGUCAACCCGCGUGAGCGGCUCCGGAUUGGCAACGUCAAUCUCCCCUCUACGUACUACAACUUUUGCGUAACCAAAUUACCCGCUGAAAUGAAGCUGGCGAGGGCGAGGAUGGUCGAGGGCCCGCUGAUGGCGGUGCACUGCAGGAAUGAGGUCAGGUUCAAAUCCCGAGACGACCUGCUGGGCCCUGCCAGUGACUUUGUUGGCGAAAAGUAUGACCUAUUUAGGGAAGUGGCAGGCAUGUUGAUGGUUGCGCAACAACGUGCACGGGAGGGUCGGAAGCUGUCCGCCGAGCCAGGCGAGCACCAGUGGUGGGCCAUCAAGCCUCGCUGGGGUGGUGGUGAAACGAGAUGGGGACAGCUUGCCAACGAGGUGUAUGAGGAUGAUGACCCUAGUUGGAGUCCGGAGGAGCGACGACUGCAGAUGGAGAAGCGGAAGAAGGAGGAAGAGGAACGGCAGCAAGCCGAGGCUGCUUCUUUAGCCAACUUGGAACACCUCCAACCCGAAGAUUUGAUGUCGCGACAGUUAGCGAGCGGUGAGCGGCCAAAGAAGAAGAAGAGAAGUGGCGAGAAUGGCGGUCCUUCUAACGGCAAGGCUGAGUACAGAGAGGGCAGAAGGCUGAUGUACACUCAACCAGUCCGACGGAAAUGGUAUCAAGAGUGGCUGAAGAUCCGUCCCAAUGGUCCGACCUGGGACGAAAAAAUCAUCUACAAGAGAGUCGGCAUGCGUAGUCGAGAGCAUGGGGGAGAUGGCUGGGACAAUAUCUACAUGGUCUCUGCGGUAAAUCACCACGCUUGCAUAUUGAGGUUGUGCGUGCACGACGACUAUCUUCAGUGGCUGGAGAUGGAGCAGACCAAGGAAGAUCACCCUGAGCAACAAGCUCACGAUUCUCCAUGCGAGAACACAAGGCAUGAGCAUAUUCUCUAUAUGAGGCGGAGUCAUUGGUAUGAUCUGUUUGACGCGCAGCAGAGAAAAGAGUUCUUGGUGGGCAUAUGGAGGAUCAUGUGUUGGCUCAAUCGAGACGAGGUCCCGCCGGGAGAGUAUGAGAAGAUGGAGCAACUGAGGAGAGAUCAAGAAAAGGACGAUGGAGACCAUAAAAUGGAGGUCUGA